AAUUCGUGCCUAUCCCUAUGUGACUUACCUUGAAGUGGUACUGGAAGAGUGUCCUUGGAUUGUCAUUAGCAUGGUUCAUUUAUGAUUUUGUCAUGUACCCAUUCUGCAUAUACUCUUCCAUGACUAUAAACAAUAUCACAGGAGGCAGCUCAUCCUUAUCAAUUGUGUUGGGAUGGUCUGUUGUCACCAAUUUGUUGUGUAUCCCAGGAACUGUGCUUGGUGCAUUCCUGGUUGAUUACCUUGGUGUGAAGACAUCAAUGAUUGUUGGAUUGCUGCUGCAGGCCAUUGUUGGAUUUACAGUGGGCACCAUGUACAGCCCACUCACCAAUCAUAUCUCCACAUUUGCAGUUGUCUAUGGGAUAUUCUUAAGCUUUGGUGAAGUUGGUCCUGGCAGUUGCCUCCAAGUUCUGGCAGUAAAAACUGCUCUUAUGUCCUGUGUCAAUGGACAAAUCUACAACAUUGCAGCUGCAAUUGGAAAAGUGGGGGCUUUCAUUGGGAUGUGGGUCUUCCCACAAGUCAUAGAUGCCUUUGGUGGUUCAAAAACCAUGAAGGGUAUUAUUAGUCUGUUCUGGAUUGGUGGUGGCCUUGCCAUUCUCAAUGCAGUUGUGACAUUUUUCCUGGUGAAGCCCCUUACAUAUGACAGUAUGAAAGCAGAAGACAAAGCUGUAUGUUUUUCCCUAUCAUCUAGUUUUACUACUUCUCUGGGUAUGAACUGAUACUCUUCCCAGUUUCAUCAAUACUUGGAAGAGAAUGGAGUUGAUGUGAGCCAUAUGCAUGAUGUUUUUGAUCCAUAGUGUGAUGGGUGGGUGGCAAUUGUGUGGUGGGGAGCAUGGUAGGCUUAUGUGGUGCUCAAAGUGUGAGAACAAAACAUGCAUGUAGUAGUUGGUGCAGUGCCUUCUUUGGUUGUUCUCUCUGUAUGUCCUUAGCAAAUAUCCUGUUUGCAUGACUCACCCUUGCCUUGUCCCUAAUAAUUCCUCCAAUUGAACUCAUUCAUGUUUCAAUUUAAUGUAUCCUGCCAAGAGAUUCU